AGUUGUUUCUCUUUUUUAUUUUUAUUUUCUGUUCUUCAAUUCUUCGUUUCCGUCGUCCAUUCAUUCUCAUUUCUCAGAACAGGAGAACAUGGACGUAGCUGAACCCAAACCUCACUCCGAACCUAAGGUCUGGAAUUUCUUCAAGCUUCCGUUUCGCCAUUCUAGCUCUGGCGCCAAUUCUUCCAGUACGACGUCGUCUUCUGCUAACCUUCAUCUUCCUCAUCAUCAUCAUCACCAUCAUCAUCAUCACAACCCUAACCCUCACAAUCUACCCCCUGAGGGUUCCACCUCCCAUACCUCUAAUUCAGUUUCUUCCGUUGCUAGAUCGUUUCUCCCGACACGACGUCGUCUCAAGCUUGAUCCCUCCAACAAGCUCUACUUCCCUUAUGAGCCGGGUAAACAGGUUAAAAGUGCAAUCAGGAUUAAAAACACCAGCAAAUCACAUGUAGCUUUCAAGUUUCAAACAACUGCUCCCAAAAGCUGUUUCAUGCGUCCUCCUGGGGCUAUCCUUGCUCCCGGUGAGAGUAUCAUAGCAACAGUGUUCAAGUUUGUAGAGCAACCAGAAAAUAAUGAAAAGCCUGAAAAAACUGGACUCAAAUUUAAAAUCAUGAGCUUGAAGGUCAAAGGAUCAAUUGAUUAUGUCCCUGAGCUGUUUGAUGAGCAGAAGGACCAAGUAGCAGUGGAGCAGAUUUUGCGAGUUAUUUUUCUAGAUCCAGAGCGUCCUAGUCCCGCUUUGGAAAAACUGAAGCGACAGCUGGCUGAUGCUGAUGCUGCCCUUGAGGCACGUAAGAAACCUGCAGAAGAUGCAGGUCCUAAAAUUAUUGGGGAAGGGCUUGUCAUAGAUGAAUGGAAAGAGAGGAGGGAAAGAUACCUCGCAAAGCAGCAGGGCGAAGUGGUAGUAGACUCUGUAUAGGGUGUUGGUCUGGAAUAUCUAUAAUUGAAUAGGAUGUUUCAUUGCAGCCAAGGAAGAUGUUAUCUUCCGAGAAACAAUUAAAAAAAUACAGUGACUUUUUCUUAGAAAAAUUUCAGGUGAAUGGCAAAUGUACUUUGGAGAAAACUAUGCGUGGGUGUGGUGAUCAUCCUCUAUGUAGAUAAAUGUCGUUUUUUUUUGUUUUUUUCAGGAUUUUUGUUUUGGGAAUAAUCUUUUAAUGGAUUGAUGUGAAGUAGUGCAAUCAAGUUUUCAUAUGAUCAAUGUGUCAAUAUGUUAUGCUAUGAGAUUCUCGACC